AGGUAGAGGUAGUGAUGUUGGGCUUGAUGAUUUUUUUAGUGGUGGAGGUAAUGGUGUUGGGCUUGAUGUUGGGCUUCUUGGUGAUGGCGGUGAAGAUGGUGGUAAAUUUGACGGGUAUGAAAAUGGUGGUGGAUUUAACGGAUGUAGAGAUGGUGGUAGGCUUGGCUGGUAUAGGUCUGAUGGGUGUGGAGAUAGUGGUAGUAUCAUCGACAGCAAUAGACAUCAAUUUAUUAUUGGAAAACAAAUUGAUAUUUUUGAUACAGGUCUUUUUUGGUAG